CCCCCCCCCCCGCGAGUGCGCGCGUGCGCGGACGCGACCACCCAGUCACCUGUCACCCACCCAUCGAUCUCCUCCGCCUUGCGCCCUCGUCGCCGGCUUUUCCGCGCGACGCGCCCCGAUCUUAUUCCACAGUUCAUAGCCUUCGCCGCGGUGGCGCCCGUGGAUUCCGUGGGGUACUAGGCCACGCCACCGGCACUCUCACACUCCAAGUCUCCAGCUCCCGCGCCGGCCGCCGCCCUUGCUUCGGUCGGCGCUGCGCUGCGCGGCGUCCACUUCCCCGACUGCCCCCGCACGGUCCUGGCCGGCAUGCGCGUGCUCCGCUUGCCCUCCGCGGCCUUCUGACGCUGCCUGCCUGCCUGCCCGGCGGAGAGAGGGGAGAGGAGAGGAGAGGAGGGAGGGGGGCGGCAGCGCGGCAGCAUGAGGUACGACGGGACGGGACCCGCCUCGGAGCUGGUGGCGCCGCGGCUGGUGGUGUCCGACGCCAGCCGCGUCCAGGAGCUCGAGAGGUUCUCGCAUUACGUCGCUAGGCAAAUUGGCUUUGAUGAUGUGAAGGAAUGCCCCCACCUGUGCACUCUAGCUUACGAUUAUCUGAGGAAGAACAAGGGCUAUGAAGAGAACAUAUUUUCAUUCUUCGAAAACAGCGUUGAUCCUGAGCCCCUGAUUGUUAAGUUCAUAGAAGAGAUUGACAAAUGCAUACUUGGCUACUUCUCCUUCCAUUGGAAAUAUGCAACUUACAUAAUUACUCAGGUUCUCACUGUAGAAGGUGCGCCUAAAAGAAGGUUCAAGAACAUGGUGUUAGAGGCCACCAGGGAACAGAGAUUCGAGAGGGUGACAAAAAACCUGAAGGUGACUAGGUUUUUCUCGACACUGGUGGAGGAGCUGAAGGCCAUAGGACCAUCUUCCCGUGAUGAGACACCACGGAACGAUGUGAUGGUCCCGGUAGCGCAUUGCGAUCGCAGCCCGGUUAUACUCCUGAUGGGUGGUGGGAUGGGAGCCGGCAAGAGCACUGUACUUAAAGAUAUACUCAAGGAAGCAUUUUGGUCUGGAGCAGCAGCAAAUGCAGUGGUGGUGGAGGCAGAUGCAUUUAAGGAAACCGAUGUUAUCUACCGCGCCAUUAGCUCGAGAGGCCACCACAAUGACAUGUUGCGGACUGCAGAGCUGGUGCACCAGUCAUCAUUGGACGCAGCCUCGUCGCUCCUCGUGACCGCUCUCAACGAAGGCCGAGACGUGAUCAUGGACGGCACGCUGUCGUGGGAGCCAUUUGUGCAGCAAACGAUAGCCAUGGCCAGGGCCGUGCACCGGCAGCGGUACCGCAUGGGACAUGGCUACAAGGUCACCGACGAUGGGACAAUAACCGAGGAGUACUGGGAGCCGGUUGAGGGCUCUAGUACCGAAGAGGAGGAUGAGGCGAGAGCAAGGAAGCCUUACCGGAUUGAGAUCGUUGGUGUGGUCUGUGAUGCAUAUCUAGCAGUUGUCAGGGGAAUCAGGAGAGCUGUAAUCACCGGGAGAGCAGUGAGGGUGAAAUCGCAGCUGCAGUCUCACAAGCGAUUUGCAACCGCUUUCAACAGGUACUGCAGCCUUGUCGACAAUGCGAGGCUCUACAGCACUAACACAAUGGGUGCUGCUAAGUUGAUAGGAUGGAAAGAUGGCGAGAGCAGCCUAUUGGUGGACCCCGAAGAGAUCGGCUGCUUGGAGAGAGUGCGCAGCCUGAACGAGGGGGCCAACUGCGUCCACGAGCUCUACGCCGACGGCCACCCAACCGGCGGCUCGUCGUCGGUGUGGCAGGACCUGGUCAUGUCGCCGUCGAGGGCGUCGGCGCAGCGCGAGCUCAAGGCCGCCAUCCAGAAGAGCGAGGCGCGCUUCCGAUCGGCGUAGCAUUGCUUGCCUGACGCGGUGAGGAUGUUACAUGUGGUCACUCGCGCUACAGAACUCGCGUAGCUGUAGCCUGCUUGCUGGCAGAGUGAUGCUAGCGCAUGAAAGAUCCAUGUAAUGCUUGAUUUUGGAAUACGGAGUAUCAUUUUGUUGCAUCAGCUGAUAUGAUCUUAUGUGACCA